AUGGCAGCUGCAAUCAAGCCCAUCGACGGACGAAGUAUUCAUUUGAUACAGUCUGGCCAGGUCAUUGUAGACCUAUGCUCAGUCGUGAAAGAGCUAGUGGAAAACAGUGUUGAUGCUGGUGCCACGAUUAUUGAUGUGCGGUUCAAAAACCAAGGCCUCGACUUGAUCGAGGUUCAAGACAAUGGCUCGGGUAUAUCUCCGGCAAACUAUCCGUCAAUCGCGCUGAAACACCAUACUUCCAAACUAUCUUCUUACUCCGAUAUUGCAUCUUUGCAGACUUUUGGAUUUCGAGGUGAAGCCCUGGCAUCCUUAUGUGCGCUAUCGUCGGUAACCAUCACCACCUGUCUUGAAUCUGAGAUUCCCAAGGGCUCCAAGCUUGGCUUCGAGCUCUCGGGCAAGCUCUCAAGCACAACAAUGGUACCAUCUCAGAAAGGAACUACAGUAUCGGUUGAGAAUCUGUUUCACAACUUGCCUGUGCGUCGCCGGGAGCUACAGCGCAACGUUAAGAGAGAGUGGCAUAAAGUCAUUGCCCUACUCAAUCAGUAUGCUUGUAUACUGACCAAUCUUAAAUUUUCCGUCUCUCAGCAACCCAGCAAAGGCAAGCGCGUCCUGCUCUUCUCCACCAAAAGCAACCCCACGACUCGCGAAAACAUCAUCAACAUAUUCGGCUCCAAAACCAUGUCCUCCCUGGUUUCCUUAGACUUACUACUGGAAAUGAAACCAUCGAAAGGCGGUACGGAUCUGCAAGGGUGCCAUCGGGUCGGUCGAGAAUCCCAAACGGUGCGAAUUCUCGGUCAUGUUUCACGCCCGAUUCACGGCGACGGCAGGCAAACACCGGAUCGACAGAUGUUUUUCGUCAAUGGACGACCCUCUGGGUUGCCUCAGUUCGCCAAGGCAUUCAACGACGUUUACAAGACUUAUAAUUCCUCCCAGGCGCCAUUCAUAUUCGCCAAUAUCCAGCUCGACACAAACAUGUAUGAUGUGAAUGUUAGUCCUGAUAAACGAAGUAUUCUCCUUCACGACCAAGGCAUAUUGCUUGACCGCCUGCGUUCAUCGCUGGUAAAAUUGUUUGACAGCUAUGAGUAUCAACUUCCUGCAGCCCAUGUUCAAACUAAAGAGUCAUCGAACCGCCCCUCUUCCAUAGACGCUGAUGGGCACUGGGCGACACCUGAACAACACUCUCUACAAACCCAGGAGCCUAGGGUGUCCAUGACCUCAGCCUGUGAUUCAGAUGAUGACACUGCAUCUGAAUCUGGCUCGGCGACAACAAGUUUGUCAAAGGAAACAGUACAUGCUGCGUUGACCAGUUCAAGAAGAAGGGCUACUACGAAAAUCGGACCAGGCUCGCUUUCCAAAUGGCUAAGACAUGAUGUAAACCGAGCACCUCUUUUAGAUUCUACAGAUCGAAAUGAGGAUGUUGAAUCCGAGAAAUCUAUUUGCGACUCUGGUAGUUCAGGGUUAUCAUUGAACGAUGCAGAUGGAACAAUUAAGCUGCCACAAAACGUUGACCAGUGCUCUGACACGACGUUGGGUAACGCAACAGAGGCGAACAUCAGAACAAGCCGCCAUCAACCCGGCGAGGCUGUGCCCAAUGCUCAAAUUCUAACAUUAGCGUCUCAAAAUAUCUCGUCUGACAUAUCACCUCUAUCGUCUGAUGAGCCAAGUGGACGUGGCUCCUGGCCGCUCCGACAGAAGCGCUUGGUGCCUGGGGCAACUGCACCACAAUCUUCCGUGGGAUCCUACAGUCCUCAUCUCUCCAGAUUGAAGCAAAUUAGUGAACCGCCUGAUGUCGACAGAUCUCACAAUGAGGAAGCUCGGCGGAGCUUUUCCUCCGAAUUCGACGAUAAUCUAGAUGAUGACUUCGAUGACGAGACUUUUGAGAACGCGCCGCUAUCAUCGGAUGGACCUGGAACUUUUCACGAGACCUGGUCUGGAGACAAUACGAAGAACCUGAUUGAAGCUUGUCGAAAUACUCUCGGUGCUGGCGACCCGCGGAAAGAUAAUAAAAGCUGCAAUGACCAAUCCAUUUCGGAUGUGGAUGAGCAUGGUGGAAUCAGAAGAGCUAAGAGCAGCAACCCACACAUUGAUUCAGCUGGCAGUCGAAUUAAAGCUCUGGGGAUUGGCCCUGGCAAGAAGACCUCGACGGUUCAAGCUUUGCAUGUAGUGCGAGUAACUGAAAUUGCACUGGCAACUCUUCUAAGCUGGAAGCUGCCAAACUCCGUUGACACUAUUUCAGGGCCGUUUGAGGAGAAAGUCCAAGAUAUUACCGCAUACGACGCCGAGUCAAAGCUACCCCUGAUUAUAGCAAAGAAUGACUUUGCCAAGAUGAGGAUAGUUGGGCAAUUCAACCUGGGCUUCAUAAUUGCAGUACGCCCGAAACCUCAUAACCGCGCAUUCGUAAACCCCAAGGCAGUUGACGCAGAUGAGCUGUUUAUAAUUGAUCAGCAUGCCUCAGACGAAAAGUUCAAUUUUGAAAGACUCCAGUCGACCACGGUAGUCCAGUCGCAGCGGUUAGUGCAACCGAAAAAACUUGAAUUGACCGCCCUUGAAGAAGAAAUUGUUCUUGACAACCUGCACGUCCUCGACGCCAAUGGCUUCAAAAUACAGGUGGACUCAACAGAACUUGCAUCCGUUGGCGCACGCUGCCAUUUGUUGGCAUUACCAUUAAGUCGUGAAACCACCUUCACUCUCAGUGAUCUUGAUGAACUGAUUGCGCUACUCGCCGAAGAGCCAUCAGGAUCACAACACAUACCUCGACCAUCAAGGGUGCGGAAAAUGUUCGCGAUGAGAGCAUGUCGAAGUAGCAUCAUGAUUGGCAAAGCUCUAACUUCCAGCCAAAUGUACUCAUUAGUAAGACAUAUGGGUGAGCUUGAUAAACCCUGGAACUGUCCUCAUGGUCGACCGACAAUGCGUCAUCUUUGCUCACUGCCGGCAUUGGACAGGGCCAUGUGGGCUGACGAUGUAUUGGGCAGUUCAACAAUGAAAUCAUGGCUCACAUACAGCAUGAGCCUGUAG